UAUGUGAGCAUUUUAGUUGGUUUUAUGCUACGAAACAAUAAAUCAUCUUCGUAUUAAAAUGUCGCAAGCAAGACUAGCAGGCCAAUGCACUAUUGUUACAGGUGGAGGCAGUGGAAUAGGUCGUGCGAUCUGCCAAGUAUUUGCCAGGGAAGGCGCUAGUGUUGUAAUUCUGGGCCGCAACCGUCAAAGACUUUCUGAAACAAUAAAUACUUUGCCAACUAAUCAUGGAAAUAAGCACUACAUAAUACAAGCUGACGUGAGCUCUGCUGAACAAGUUACAGAAGCUUAUGAAGAGGCGAAGAGACAGACAGGAAAGAAUAUCACAAUUCUUGUGAAUAACGCAGGGAUAAUCAGAAAUGGUUUUAUUGAUGAUUUCAAAAAUGAAGAUUUCGAUGAAAUGGUUAGCAUAAAUUUGAAAGGAUUUUUUCUGAUGGCUAAAGAAUUUGUGAAAUCACUAUCAGAAAUGGACAAAACCCAAGAAUUGUGUUGCAUAGUCAAUGUAUCCAGCAUAUUUGGCACAAGAGGUAACGCAUUAUAUGCGGGAUAUUCAGCGACUAAAUCCGGUAUAAUUGGAUUAACGAAAUGUAUCGCAUCAGAAUACUCAAAGCACAAAGUCCGCUGCAAUGCUGUUUUGCCAGGAGUGAUUGAAACGCCUAUGAUUGAUCAUGUACCGGAAGAUGCAAGAGACAAUGUUAUUGCACAAACACCAAUGCAAAGAUUGGGUAAACCGGAAGAAGUAGCAAAUGCCUGUUUAUUUCUGGCAUCAAAUGAAAGUUCAUAUGUCAAUGGGGCUUGUCUAGAAGUUACGGGUGGAUUGUGGGGAUGAACGUAUUAUUUCAUAUAUAUUUUUAUUUCAUCAUAUCAUUCGUUCUUAUCACUUACAAUUAUAUAUUAUCUUCUCAUUAUCAAUGUAUCCAUGCUCGCUGUUGUUAAAAUAAAAGCUUUAAACUCA